AUGGACAUCAAGAAGCCCAUCACCUCGACCAUCUCCUCGGCGUCCUUCUCCUUCCUCACCGCCGAGGAUAUCCGCAGAAUCUCGGUCAAGCAGAUCAUCAACCCCGUUCUGCUCGACACCACCAACCAUCCCAAUGCCGGCGGUCUCUACGAUCCAGCCCUCGGGCCCAUGCGCCCCAACGACAUUUGCUCCACAUGUCACCUCAACUCUUUCCAGUGUCCAGGUCACUUUGGGCACAUCGAAUUGCCUUCGCCCGUCUUCCACCCGCUUUUCAUGGGAAACAUGUUCAAUCUCUUGAGAGGCACCUGCUUCUACUGCCACCGAUUCCGCGCCACGCUCGUCGUCCUCACCAAGGUCAUUGGUCGCUUGAGACUGCUCGAAUACGGUCUCGUAGACGAUGCAGAGAACAUUGAAAGCGAGGAGCCGCGCUCACAUACCAAGCUCACUGAUCUCAACGACGAAGAUCUCGAGAGCGCAGACGAAGACAAAGACGCCGAUGAGGGUUCCAAAAAGUCCAAGCCCAGCAGUUCCAGGCCCAAGGGCUUCCAGGGCGAGACCCCCGCCGAGUUUGCCGAGCGCAUCAACAAGCAAGUCAAGGAGCUCAUCAAAGCGGCCAAGGCAAGCGGUAAGGCUCAGGUUGAGCCCGAGUCCGGCAGUCUCGCCUACACCGCCCGCAAGAAGUGCAUCAACGACUUCAUGAAGGACAUUCACAAGAAGCGCUGUGGCCAGUGCAACGCCAUCAGCCCCAACGUGCGUCGCGACGGUUUCCUCAAGAUCAUGGAGAAGGCUCCUCUCCCCAACGAGAUCGCCUCCAACGAACAAAAGGGAUACCUGCGCGUCUCGCCCGUCAAGCGAGUAGCCGCCAUCGAACGUCGCCUUGCCUCUUCCGCCGCAUCUACCUCUGCUUCCACGGAUGCCGAAGACGACUCGGGCAUCGCGUCCCAGGCCAUCUCUGCUGAGAAUGCCCCCAAGGAGGCUGGCUACCGUGUCAUGCCUGCCGUCGAGUGUCAAGCGCAUCUUCGCCUCCUCUUCAACAACGAGGGUCCCCUCUGCUCGCUCAUCUUUGGCCGCAACGGACCGUUCCGACUCGGCAACUCGGAGAACAAGGUCAAGGCAAAAGUCGGCUCCUCCCUCUGGUCCACGCCCAACGGCGCCAGCGCCGACAGCUUCUUCGUCAGCGUGCUUGCUGUGCCGCCAACACGCUUCCGUCCAGCCAGUAUCAUGGGCGACAUGACCUUCGAAAACUCUCAAAACGAAUUGCUCACCAACGUGCUCAAGACCACCUUCGCCAUUCGAGACCAGAUCACCGAGCUGGCGCGACUCGUGUCCAAGAAAGACUUCCCAGAGCUCGGUCCCGACGCUUCCGAGGCUGACUACCGAGCAGCCGAGGCGCUACUCAUCAAGGGUCGCGAGGAUACCCGUCGCAAAGUGCUCAACUCGAUGAUGCAGCUCCAAGUCGAUGUCAACUCCUUCAUCGAUGCCAGCAAGAACCCCAUGCCCCUGCGUCAAGGUCAGCUGCCGCCGCCCGGUGUCAAGCAGGGUCUCGAGAAGAAGGAGGGUCUCUUCCGAAAGCACAUGAUGGGCAAACGUGUCAACUUUGCCGCUCGUUCCGUCAUUUCACCCGACGUUAAUAUCGAGACCAACGAGAUCGGUGUCCCGCCCGUCUUUGCGCGCAAGCUCACCUACCCUGAGCCGGUAACUGUGCACAACGUCCAGCUGAUGCGACAGCUCGUCAUCAACGGGCCCUUCAAGUACCCCGGUGCCGUCGCUAUUCGCAGCGAAGACGGCACCGAGACGCAGCUCGACAAGCUCAGCGUCGAAGAGAGGACGGCACUCGCCAAUCAGCUGCUGACACCGCAGGAGCAUUCUUCCAAACAGGCUCGUGGCACCUUUGCCGGCCUCGGCAGCUCGACUCGCACGCCAAUCGCCAACAAGCAGGUGCUCCGUCACUUGCGCGACGGCGAUAUCCUGUUGCUCAACCGACAGCCGACGUUGCAUCGACCUUCCAUGAUGGCCCACAAGGCUCGUGUGCUUGUCGGCGAAAAGACCAUUCGAAUGCACUACGCCAACUGCAACUCGUACAACGCCGACUUUGACGGUGACGAGAUGAACAUGCAUUUCCCGCAAUCGCAGGCGGCUCGUGCCGAAUGCUACUACGUCGCCAACACCGACAACCAGUACCUCACGCCAACCAGCGGUAACCCGCUGCGCGGUCUCAUCCAGGAUCACGUCGUUGCUGGUGUGUGGAUGACGUCCAAGAACACGCUCUACACGCGUGCAGAGUACCAGCAGAUCCUUUAUGGUGCUUUGCGGCCCGAAGGCAAGUACACCGGCGGCGGCCGCGUGCUCACCGUGCCGCCUGCCCUUCGCAAGCCAGAGCCGCUCUGGACCGGCAAGCAGGUCAUCUCGACCGUGCUCCUCAACGUCAAGCCCACCAAAGCAGACGGCCUCAACCUCACCUCGAAAGCCAAGGUGGCCGGUCGCAUGUGGGGCAAAGACCACGCUAGCGAAGAGACGGUCAUCAUCGAAGAUGGCGAGCUGCUCCAAGGAGUUCUAGACAAGGCCGCCUUUGGUGCUUCAUCCUUCGGCCUCGUACACGCCAUCUUUGAGAUCUACGGCUCUGAGACCGCCGGCAAGCUCCUCAGCAUCCUCUCGCGUCUCUUCACCAAAUUCCUCCAGACGAACGCCUUCUCGUGUCGAAUGGACGAUCUGCUGCUGAGCAAGGAAGGUGACGAAUGGCGACGAACCACGCUCGACGCUUCAAAGAACCAAGGCAAGGGCGUUGCGAUGAAGACCGUCGGUCUUGAAGGCGAGGACGAGAAUGACCCCGACACUGACAGGAAUCUUCGUAUCCGUCUUGAGGAGGUUCUCCGCGACGACGACAAGCUCGCCGUCCUCGACGGUGAGAUGAUGAGCUCCUCCAACGCCAUCGGCAACAAGAUCAUCGAAGCGUGCCUGCCUGCGGGUCUCUACAAGAAGUUCCCGGAGAACAACAUGCAGAUGAUGACUGGAUCCGGUGCCAAGGGUACCCCCGUCAACGUGUCGUCGAUUUCGUGCUUGCUUGGACAACAGGCGUUGGAAGGUAGGCGUGUUCCGCUCAUGGUAAGUGGAAAGUCGCUUCCCUCUUUCCGUCCAUUUGAGACUUCGGCUCGAGCCGGUGGGUUCGUCAGCGGUCGUUUCUUGACCGGUAUCCGACCUCAGGAGUACUUCUUCCACUGCAUGGCUGGCCGUGAAGGUCUGAUCGACACUGCCGUCAAGACAUCGCGUUCCGGUUACCUGCAGCGUUGUCUCAUUAAGCAUCUCGAAGGUGUCCACAUCCAGUACGACAACACGGUUCGCAAUGCCGACGGCUCGAUCCUGCAGUUCAACUACGGCGAGGAUGCUCUCGACACCACCAAGAGCAAGUACAUCGGCCAGUUUGACUUCACCGCCGCCAACUUCGAAAACUACAACAAGCGCUACGACCCUAAGCAGCUCGGCGAAGUCGUCGAAGCUGAGCUCGCCGCCGAGCACAUGAAGAAGGCGCUCAAGAAGCCGCACAAGUAUGACCCUGUUCUCAGCGUCUACACACCCUCGACGCACUUCGGUUCCAUGUCCGAGAAGUACGCAAAGGCGAUCGAGGCGUACAUCGAGAAGAACCCGAACAAGCUUCUCGCCGACAAGAAGAAGAAGAGCAAGAAGCGCAAGUCCGAAGCCGCCCAAGACGAGACGGUUGCCGUGGAGAAGCUUCGCUUUGCCAAGGAGAAGCUCGGUGUCGAGGCCUUCCGCGCCAUGUGCAAGGUGCUCUACCACCGCGGCCUCGUCGACCCGGGUGAAGCGGUGGGUCUGCUUGCCGCCCAGGGUGUCGGUGAGCCUUCGACCCAGAUGACGCUCAAUACCUUCCACUUCGCCGGUCACGGUGCCGCCAAUGUGACGCUAGGUAUCCCGCGUCUGCGUGAGAUCGUCAUGACCGCAUCGCAGCACAUCAAGACGCCCAUCAUGCGUCUUCCUGUUCUGGAAGGUAUCACCCCCGAGCAGAUCAAGAUGUUCUGCAAGGACGGCUCGCGACUCGUGCUCAGUCAGGUCGUCGACGAGGCGAUCGUCACGGAGAAGAUCUCGCCCAAGUCCGAGGAGACCGGCUUCCACCGCCAAAAGACCUACACGGUGCGUCUCAACUUCUACCCUGCCGACGAAUGCAGCGAGGAGUACAACUGCACCACCUCGCACAUCCUGCGUGGUCUGCAGGAGACGUUUGCGCCCAACUUGGAGAACAGCAUCAACAACGAGAUGCGCAAGCAGAAGCGAGAGCACGCGCUGCAGGCCGCCGCCAUCGGUAAGGGCCAGGUGUUCUCUGAUAACGCUCCGGCUGGUGGGAACGCGGACGAAGACGGAGAGCGUGCCAACGGUGUCAAUGGCCGCAACCAGACGCAAUCUCGAGGCAACGAUGCUGAUUCGGACGAUGAGGAGGAUGCAUCGUCGGAUGUUGGUGAUGGCGAUGCCGAUGAUGCCAAGAGGAAGCAAAAGUCUGCCGCUCACGCUUCCUACGAGGAAGGUGAUGACGAAGACAUGGGCCGACCUUCCACGACCGAGGACAUUGAGGCGGCAUUCUCCUCCAACGGGCGUAGCAAGAAGCGCUCGUCCGAAGCGAUGGACGUCGAGUCCGAUGACAGCUCAUCCGACGAUGGCUCGAUCAACGAGGAGUGGGCCGAGCAGACCUCUGCGCUCGAAAAGGCGCUGCAGGAAAACUCCAAGUACAUCAACGCCUUCCGCUUCGACGACGUCAAAGCACGAUGGGCCGAGUUCGACCUCACCCUCGCAACGCAGUCGCAGAAGCUGCUGCUGAUCAACAUCGUCGAACGCGUCUGUCGACAGUCGGUCAUCCACGAGAUCCCCAACAUCGCUCGCGUCAUGAAGCCGCCUCCCAAAGCCGGCGAGACGGGAGUCUCCCUCACGGCCGAAGGUAUCAACUUCCGCGAUCUGUGGGACUUUGGUUUCGGAGUGGUGGAUCUCGACAACCUCUACACCAACGACAUCGGUGCUGUCCUCCACACGUACGGUGUUGAAGCUGCACGUGCAGCCAUCGUUGCCGAGAUGCGAGGCAUCUUCGACACGUACGGUAUCGCUGUAUCGCCGCGUCACCUGUUCCUCAUUGCCGACUACCAGACGGCGGCAGGUGGAUUCAGACCGUUCAACAGGUCCGGUAUCGCGGAAUCGUCGUCGACGUUGUUGAAGGCAUCGUUCGAGAUGACCAUGGCGUUUAUCGGUGGGUCGGCGUUGCAUGGUGAGGUGGACACGUUGAAGACUCCCUCGAGUAGGUUGGUGGUGGGUAGGCCGGUGAGCUCGGGUACGGGAACGCCAGAGAUCAGGUUGGCGUUGCCGAGUGCCAUCGCUGCUGCAUGA